AUGACAAGAUCAAAGAGACCAAUAACCGAAGAAAUUGAUGAGGUCGAAGAAAUAAUUCAAAUAGAAAAAGUUCAAAAAAGAUGUGGAAGAGGAAAUUGUAGUAGCAGCAAUUGUGGUGGCAGCAAUUGCGGAAGAGGAAACCGUGGAAAAGGAAACCUUGGAAGAGAGACAAGUCAUGAAGAAGAUCAACAUAAUAAAGAACGUGAGACAAAUAAUGAAUCUUUUGCACCAAAUAUUGGGGAUGACCUGGAUUUAAAUUAUAAAGAAAAAAUUAAAUCACAUGUUGAAUACAAUACCAAUAGUAAAUACAAUACCAAUGCAACAUCAAGUACGGCAGAUUCUGAGAGUAACUACCAACUACAAAAUCAAGUGGAGUUACCUGUUAAUAAUCGAAGUGAAAUGGAGUUAUCUGUUAAUAAUCGAAAUGAAAGAGUAACACCUGUUGAUAUUCGAAAUGAAAGUAGCCACCAACUGCAAAGUAGAGUGUUGGUUUCAGAAUUACUUCAAAUAUCUGAUGAUGAUAUUAGCGAUGAUAGCUUUCGUAUGCUUUUUAUAUUUAAUGCUGCUACGCGUAUCGAAAGAAUUAUGAAAAACCAACAAAAGAGCAAUAAAAAAGAUAAAGGCGAUAAUGAGGCUAACCAAUCUCUUAGAAUAAGAGAUGGAAAGUUUGAAGCUCUCAAUGAUAUGACGAACAUGUUCGAAGUUUGCCAAUGGCUAGUUUUCGAAAGGCCGGAUAUACUGCAAACGGCCAUUCAAAUGCGAAACGCCAUGCAAACGUCUUUAGAUUCACCCAUUGUUAUGGUCUCUCAACCUGAAAUAGUGGCAUCACAGAAUGCCAUUGCUACUGAUGAUAAAGGUCUUGCCUGGCUCUGGCAUGAGGAAAUAAAGUGUCUUUUCUUCAGAUGUAGAAACCCACUAUCUGGAGCUAUUGAAACCCUCAUUACAAAAAUCUUUAAAUAUGAGCUCUAUAGCAAUGAAGCUAUAGAAAUUAUUUGUUAUUUAAAACGAGUUUUGACAGAUUUUCGCAGCAAAUUCAACCAAAAAAUAACCAUGUUAGUACAAGAUUUUAAGAAAAAUCGAUCAGGAGAACGAACACUACCACCAUCAAGAUCUGAUAUCGAUGAAUUCAUAACUCAAGAAGUUGCUGAACAGAUAUUACAAAGAUAUUUGAAUAGUACUAAUAUAGAUAAGAUCAAAACGUGUGGGACAAUGGGACAGCUCAUUAAAUUAGUGAAAGAAGCGUUCAGAAUAUUUUUUAAUAUUUACAAUAUUGAAGCAAUCAAAAGACUCAACUAUCUUACGGUAGGAUGUAAAACUCCGAGUAGAUCUGGUAAAAGCAUAGCAUCUGAAAUUUUUCUUAAAUUUAAUAACAAUAAUAAUUGUAUCUAG